CCAGCCCGGCGGGCACCUCGGGGGCGGGCGCGGGGCGCAGCCUUCUUGUCCUGGCCGCUCUGACAAGCGCCCCAGGGCCGGCAGUCCGGCUGCCCGGCGCGGGGUGGGCGCGUUCGCAGCCUCUGGGCUCGUGCGGAGCCCCGGACGUCACGAUGAACAUCGUGGUGGAGUUUUUCGUGGUCACUUUCAAAGUGCUCUGGGCGUUCGUGCUGGCCGCGGCGCGCUGGCUAGUGCGGCCCAAGGAGAAGAGCGUGGCGGGCCAGGUGUGCCUCAUCACCGGCGCGGGCAGCGGCCUGGGCCGCCUCUUCGCGCUGGAGUUCGCCCGGCGCCGGGCGCUGCUGGUGCUCUGGGACAUCAACACGCAGAGCAACGAGGAGACGGCGGGCAUGGUGCGCCACAUCUACCGCGACCUGGAGGCUGCCGACGCUGCAGCGCUGCAAGCUGGGAAUGGUGAGGAAGAGAUUCUGCCCCACUGUAACUUGCAGGUUUUUACCUACACCUGUGAUGUGGGGAAGAGGGAGAAUGUCUACCUGACAGCCGAAAGGGUCCGCAAGGAGGUUGGCGAGGUCUCCGUCCUGGUCAAUAAUGCCGGCGUGGUCUCUGGGCAUCACCUCCUGGAAUGUCCUGAUGAGCUCAUUGAGAGAACCAUGAUGGUCAACUGCCACGCCCACUUCUGGACCACUAAGGCUUUUCUUCCUACAAUGCUGGAGAUUAAUCAUGGUCACAUUGUGACAGUUGCAAGCUCCUUGGGAUUGUUCAGUACUGCUGGAGUUGAGGAUUACUGUGCCAGUAAAUUUGGAGUUGUGGGUUUUCAUGAAUCUCUGAGCCAUGAGCUGAAGGCUGCUGAAAAGGACGGCAUUAAAACAACGUUGGUUUGCCCUUACCUUGUAGACACCGGCAUGUUCAGAGGCUGCCGAAUCAGGAAAGAAAUCGAGCCUUUCUUGCCGCCUCUGAAACCUGAUUACUGCGUGAAGCAGGCUAUGCAGGCCAUCCUCACCGACCAGCCCAUGAUCUGCACCCCGCGGCUCAUGUACAUCGUGACCUUCAUGAAGAGCAUCCUUCCUUUUGAAGCGGUUGUGUGCAUGUAUCGGUUCCUAGGAGCGGACAAGUGCAUGUACCCCUUUAUUGCUCAGAGGAAGCAAGCCACAAACAAUAAUGAAGCCAAAAAUGGAAUCUAAGAAAUCUUUUUGUACAGAAUAUCAUUUGUAUCAGAAGACGAUCAAAAUGUUUCGAUCCGAUGCACGUCAGCAUUACUGACAUCGUCUGGAAUCUAUACCCGUGUUGAAUUUUUUUUUUUUUUAAAUCAACUUUUUAAAAAAAUAAAGUGUGAAUUAACUGAAUAGAGUACUGGGAAAAUGUGAUCAACAAAAAUGAAGUUAGGUUGUUGCCGGUGGGGUCCUUUUGGAGAGACAUGAACUUUGUGCUGUCUUCAGACUAUCAUUAUUUUUUUUAAUGACCAGAAAGUCUAGAGAUAAUAACUACAGUGUGUUUCCUGCGUGUCGUUUUUCAUCAUUCCCAAAGACUUUAUUAAUCUUAUAACUAAACUCCAGCCAGUUGACAUCCUUGCAACUUCAAGGACUAAUAGUGCUAUAUUUUCUCAUGUUUCCUGUUUUGCAAAACCUGUGUGGCUUUUUCAUGGUAUUUGUAUGUUCAGCUCUGUUAAAAAGGAAUUUCUAAAUCUCCAUCAAUUCGAGGUAAAUGACGUUCGAGUUUUAUACUAAGAGUAAUCAGGUCUCUUUCGUAAGGUCGUAGUAAGUAAAGCAUUAGCCAAAUCUUCAGUUUUAUCUCUGAAAUAUUUCAUUAAGGGUCUAUUACUCUGGAGACCUAGUUAUCCAAAAAGACCAUGUAUUUUCUACCUGUGAAUUUUGCUGCAUACAGAAAGUGCCCUUUCCUCAGGAAAUUGCUGUGUUUCACUUGUUUGGAUGGACUCUUAUCUGGCAUACAUAGCAGCUCCACCAAGAAACAGUUACUAAAAAUGGGACCUUCUACCUAGAAAAGUCCCUUUUUUUGUGCCAACAAUGAUUAGUGAGGGGGAAAAUCGUAUCCUAUGGAGUAUGUAUGGAAGGGUGUAAAGAUUCUUUUGAAAGUUUAUUCACAUUGUAGAACAGCAAAUGAGAUUUUUACAGUAUUUUUUUGUAAAGCAAACUAUUUUGUGCCUUGAAUUUGGUAUAUGUGUAUUAGUGAAACAUUGUAAAAGUGAACUUCUACCUCUGUAUCUAAAUGUAUACCAUCCACUUGUAAAUUACUAUAAACUAUUAUGUGAUUGCUUUUUUUUUUUUUUUUUUUAGAAUGUCUUGUUUAAAUAGUGACCGAUGUUUAAGGCUAUUAAAAUAAGCCAACUUUUACUAAUUAAUUGGGAAGUUUUAUAAAGGACUGAUUAAAUUUAAAGAAUUAACUUACAUACAACUGACUGGGUGAUGAUUAGUUAUCAGCACUGUUGUAAGGAAAGUCAUCGUGGGCUUUGUUUCUGCCUUUUUUGUGCUCUCCUGCCUUAAAGAAAGAUGUUUGAAUGGGAUAGCAUUUGGGAAUAGACACUAACAACUUAGGGUGCCAUACACGCAAAUUUCCAGUGUUCCCCUCUACUUAGAUUACAUAUGAUCAUGGGCUUAUUUAUACUGAAAGUGGAAAAACAGGAAGAAUCCUGUUAGCUUCGUGGCUGCACCACAGAUCAAAUCUCUGCACUGUAGCCAUGCAGGCGAGGUUCUGGCAUGCUGCUAAAACCAGUUGCCAUCAAGUCGAAUCAGUUCCAACUCAUGGUGACCCCAUGUGUGUCAAAGUAGGCCUCCCGUAGGGUUUUUACUGACUGAUUUGUCAGAGAUAGAUCACCAGGCCUUUCUUCCGAAGUGCCUCUGGAUAUUCUCAAACCUGCAGCCUUUCAGUUAGCAGCCGAGUGCAUUAACUAUUUGCGCCACCCAGGGACAGGCUUGCUGCUAGUGUCCCCCAAUGCUGGUCUUAAGGAAUAGCUUCAUCAUAUGUUUGAAUUUCUCUUCAUGAGUAAUAAGCAAACCUGAGGCCGUAAUAGCAGUCGAGGCAUUAGUCACCUCUUAAUGUUCAAUUACGGAUUUAAACAAGGACUUGAAGUAGUCUCAUAACCAUGUGGAGUGGGAACAGGUAUUUUCAGAGGCUGUCCAGGUCUGCUUUCCAGUUAACCUGGAGCAAACUGAAGCCAUCCCAGAUAGAUCUGUUCUAACUUGAUGUCCCAUUUAUCUACCUUCAGACUAAGGGAAAGCAUCUUUACAUUUAACUGUAUUCACAUGUGUUGCUAUUGAAACCUAUUUCUAUUUUUGUUUGUUAUUGCCCUUAGGAGGUUGUCCAUCUCUAAGUUUAAUAAACCUAAUUCACUUAC